AUGACCGAUUUUCUGAUUCAAGAGCACCCCCUCCGGCUGGGCGAGAAGAGAACACCAGAACAGGAUGGCUAUGUCUCUGUUCGCCUGCCAGACCUCUUCGCGCUAUUCCUGUCUGGAGAUCCAGUAGUCAAUCCGUACUACGAGGUGGUGAGAGCGGAAUCGGAAGCAUGGAUGGCAGAUGAAUGCUCCUUUGACGCGAGGUCCAGACGGAUCCUGAACAAGACCGACUUUUCGUACUUUUGCUCCAUUGCGGCGCCAGAGGCAGGACCAGAGGAGCUGCGCACGGUGUGUGACUGGGGGAACUGGGUUUUCCCCUUUGACGACAUGUUCGAUAAUGGGGGUCUGAAGGAUGACCCUGUCCGAGCCCAGGAACUGAUAGACAGUCUGCUCGCUGGCAUGCUGGACGAGGGCGCCCAGCUACCUGCCGAGGAAGAGAGCCCUCUUGUCCGGGUGCACAAUACCGUCUGGCAGCGGCUAGCCAAGGCUUCUCCUCCCGGUAAACACGUCCCCAGUCAUGGCAAUACCGUCCAACUAACCCAGACCGAUGCAGGCGUUCGACGCAGAUUCGCCAACACGAUGAGAGAUUAUUGUCAGGGAACUUUGGCACAGGUCCGGACGUGCUCGCUGGGCAGGUAUCCGUCUCUGGACGAGAUGCUGGCCUUGCGAAGACAGUCUGCUGGCGUUGCGCCGCUCUUCGCUCUAGUGGAAUACGCCCACAAACUCGACCUUCCCGACGAUGUCUUCGAGUGCCGCAGUAUCAAAGAGAUCGAGCGUAUCGGCAUCGACUUCGUCCUCUUGCAAAACGACAUCCUCUCCUAUUGCAAAGAAGAGAAAGAAGGCGUAACCCACAACGUCGUCGCCAUCUGCCGCCACUCCGGCAUGCCUGCGCAGAUGGCGUUCAGCCACAUCGGCGACAUGCUCGCCGCUCGGUACAGGGCCUGGUACCUGGCGCUGGCGGAGCUACCAAGCUGGGGGGAGUAUGUCGACAUCCAAGUCCAGCAGUAUAUCCGCGGGGUGCAGAAUGUUGUGAUGGCGAAUUUGAACUGGAGUUUUCGGUCCGGGCGAUACUUUGGGGAUGCGAAGGAUGCGGUGCGGAAGUCGAUGACUGUGAAGGUUCUACGGCGGAGUGUGGAUAUAUGA